CUGGCUGGAUGGAUCCACCGAACUUAACAAAAGGCGAAUCCUUCCUCCCUCUCCGAUUCAUAACAGAAAGCUUUUUUUGAAAUCCCGUUAAGGACGGGAGGGAGGAGACCUGCCACUGCUGCCAGUGUGACUGAUCAUUGACGGCCGGAAGGAAGGAAGGAAGAGCAGCGGCGGCGCCACCGGGAAGGGGUCGCAUUCGGAAGGCCGUCGGCAGCACCGAUUUCACUUUCCUUGCAAAUCACUCAUUUGUUCCACGCCGACCCAUUUGUUCCUGUCUCAAUCUCACUCAAACCCACCCCACCAUUUCCCCCUUUUCUUUCACCUCCCUCUGUCUUCCACGUUCUAGGGUUCUCUCCUUUUUCAGCUCAUUUCAUCCUCUUCCGUAGCAGCAGCAAUGGCGGAUCUCCACUCCAAAUCGGACAUUUCCUUCGCUGAGGUUUUCUUGUGCAGCGCCUUUGCUGCUUGCUUUGCCGAGUUCUGUACAAUUCCAUUGGAUACAGCAAAAGUGAGGCUACAGCUACAGCGAAAGACAGCUCCUUCUGGGGAUGGAGGUACAACUGGUGUACCUAAAUACAGAGGUUUAUUGGGCACCAUGGUUACAAUUGCGAAGGAGGAAGGUUUGUCAUCACUCUGGAAGGGGGUGACUGCUGGACUGCAUCGUCAGUUCAUCUAUGGAGGCCUAAGGAUUGGAUUGUAUGAACCCGUGAAAUUUCUUCUGGCUGGCAGUGAUUCUGGUGGAGUUAUCCCUCUAUACCAGAAAAUACUUGCAGCUUUGAUAACAGGGGCACUAGCUAUUAUUGUAGCUAAUCCAACAGACCUUGUGAAAGUCAGGCUGCAAGCUGAAGGAAAACUACCACCUGGUGUGCCUAAGCGGUAUGCUGGGGCAUUGGAUGCUUAUCGUACUAUAAUGAAGCAGGAGGGGCUAGCUGCCCUGUGGACCGGACUCGGGCCGAACAUAGCAAGAAAUGCCAUCGUAAAUGCUGCUGAGCUUGCCAGUUAUGAUGAAGUGAAACAGACAAUUUUGCGAAUUCCAGGGUUCAGGGACGGUGUUCUUACUCAUAUACUAGCUGGCCUAGGUGCUGGUUUCUUUGCUGUGAGCAUAGGGUCACCCAUUGAUGUGGUGAAAUCAAGAAUGAUGGGAGACUCUUCCUACAAAAGCACUGUAGAUUGUUUCAUCAAGACCACGAAGACUGAGGGUAUUUUUGCCUUGUACAAAGGUUUCUUUCCCAAUUUUGGCCGGCUAGGGUCUUGGAAUGUUAUAAUGUUCUUGACUCUGGAGCAAGUGAAGAAAAUAUUUGUCGGGGAAGUAUACUAUGAUUGAGCGCAACAAGGUGGUCGUCUCUGGCAAGCAAGGAAGAAGCCAUUACUACUUCUUUGCCGGUAGAUUAAAGCUUCAAAGUAUUGAUAUCAACUCCUUUUGAUGGGAGCGAAAUAAUGCAUCAGACUGGCGAGAUAUGCCGCCGCAGGAGAUGCAGAGUAGAUGUUGUAAUUGAUUUA